AUGCCCAAAAUCUUCUGGAUUCUCGUUGGAAUUUCUGGAGCACUUUGUCAAUAUCCAACAGCUCCAAAAAUUCCCGAGCCCAUCCCAGAUAGACAUCAAACAUCAUCGAAAUCUUAUGCGAUAUCUCAGGCUUAUCAGAUUUAUCCGAGAUAUUUACCGUUUUAUUCGGAGGUGAACACGAUUGGAAAACCCUAUGAGAUUUAUUCCAGGAGGCCGGAAGUGGUGAAAAAUAGAAACUUGAAUUUGAAUUUGGGACAUCAGAUUCAGAAUCAAAUUCAGGGUUAUGGCAUGGUGAAAAGUGAGUUUUGAUGGGAAUUUUUGACAAGAAAUUUUGGAAAUUUAAUUUUUUCAAGCUCUAGAUAUAUUCUAAAUUUUAAAUUCUAAAUUGCACGUGGCAAAAUUAUUUUAUUCACAAUUUUUCGCCAGGGAAUGUUGAGAAUUUCUUGUGUCUAAAAUCCACGUGGCAAUUUCUGAUUCCCAAAAUUUUCAGGCAAAAUCCCGGCUCCAACAUUCUACGGUGCUCCAUUUCGAGGAAGCGUCAUCAAAAACAACAACAACGAGAAUUCAAUCGAUACUUGGGAUAGUUUGGAGAAAAAUUUGAAUUUUUCUCCCAGAAGCUCGGAAAAUUGA